AUGUCGUUUCCGUCGUUGAAAGUGUCGUACUUUGACAUGGCCGGUCGCGCCGAGACGGUCCGUUUGGCCUUGACCAUCGGCGGUGUCCCCUUCGAAGACCACCGAUUCCAACGCGAAGAAUGGCCGGCGCUCAAGCAAACGUUGCCGUUCAAGCAAGUGCCGGCGCUGACCGUGGAUGGCCAAGUGUUGUGCCAGUCUCACGCGAUUGCUCGAUAUGCUGGGUCGUUGGCCGGGUUGUACCCGACCGAGAACCGCCUGGAUGCGUGCCGAGUCGACGAAAUCUCCGACUUUUGCGAAGACGUCAUGCAAAAGGUGGCCCCGAGCUUCCGCGAAGCCGACCCGGCCAAGAAGAAGGCCAUGCGCGAAGAGCUUGCCGCCACGACGUUCCCUGAAAUGUUUGGGAUGCUCGACGCGCGCCUGGCGUCGUACGGCUCCAACGGCCCAUGGUUCCUCAACUCGAUCACGAUCGCUGACUUGGAUGUGUACUGCUUUGUGUCGAUGAUGAAGUCGGGCUUCUUGGACGAUAUCCCGACCACCAUUUGCGAUGGCUAUCCCAAGAUCAUGGCCAUCUACAACGCCGUGGCCGCGCAUCCCGCGGUCGUGGCAUGGAACGAAGCGCACGCCAAGUAA